ACUGUGGCGGGUGAAGGAGCCCAAGCGACGGGCGCUUAUUGUGUAUUAGUACGAUUUUCCCAAAAGACGUGAUUGGUGGAUGUGGCGAGUGUCUUUUGUAGAAUAAGGAGUAGAAUACAAUUGCCAAUGUGUAGGUCGUCAGCCUGGACCAGCAGGGCAAGGAGCGAGCCUGCCGAUGUAUAUAAGGGCACGCGAGAGAACAGAUGGGGGAAAGCGAUAGGCACACCAUCCACAUCCCUUACACUCAGUUGACACUACACGCAUAUUCCCCCUCAACUUUCCUAUCUAUUUAUUGUAUUCUACGCCAUCUAUUGCAGACCAUGCAGCAACUUCACGGACCAUACCCCCCACAAAACAUGCUCCUCCUAAACCCCUUUGACACAAAUAUCGACGCAAAUGCCUUUGGUACAGCCCUCGACGCAAGCAACUUUAGCGCAGCCCUAGGCACAAGUGCCUUCACCCCGAGCCUGCUAGAUAUUGGCUCCGCCGUUGGGAAACCGUAUGCGGUAAAGCACACCUAUACCAGGUCUGUUGACUCAGGCAUGUUCACAAACCAAACAUAUGCAGAAUCGUAUGACUCGCCCAGUGCCUUUGACUCGCCCACCACCUGCGACGAUGACUAUGUCUGCGACGAAGACUGCGGCAUCAGAGAGCCAACAGAGGUUAUCCAUGGCAAUCCCCCACCAGGCAUACUAGUGACCCAGGUCCCCUACGGGUUUCGCCCUGUUCUUCUUGAUCUGGCGCGGUGCCCUCGGGACAUUAUCCGCCGUACACUCCACGAGCAGCACUGCGACAAACGGCCGGGCGUGGCGGUGGAUGAUGUUAGACAUUGCGAAUGUGCCCUGCACGAGUUUGAUCACCAGCCCGAUGUCCUGUUUGGCAAGCGCUUGCAUCCAGACGACGAUGAAUCUUUUGAGGGAUCCGCAUCAGAGGCUGAGGACAGCGACUCCCAUCGUGAGGCGCUGAAGGAGCAAACCAAGAUCAGGAUUAAGCGCCCGCCCAACUCGUUUAUGCUGUACAGACGCUCGCGCCACAAUGAGCUGGUCAAGCUGCACCGUGGCGGAAACAAGGUCGUUUCGAAGAUGAUUGCCGACGAGUGGCAUUCCCUCGACAGGGAUAAGAAAAGAGCCUUUGAGAAACUGGCGGCUGACAAGAAGCGCGAGCAUGAGCUGCUGUAUCCCAACUAUAAAUUCACGCCCAAGCGGGCCAGAAAGUAAAUAGAUUUGUAUGAAUAGAACCCGGUCGGUGGUGGUGGUAUUUCCCGAUCAGCAGAUGCCCAGACGCUGCUUGUGUGAACGGACUCCAUAUUAAAUGCAUCCCUCGCCACACGGGACGGAGUGUGCAUGUUGCAAAGCGUUUGUGUAAACAAGUGCGCCUGGAGGCGCAGCAUGGAGAGGCCAUUUAGAAGGGACGCUGAAAUGAAACUCUAACCAAGGACGAGUGUCUACGUCGUUGCCCGGAUCCAACAAUCAGUGCGAGACAAAUGUGGGUUGCGCCUCGUUCCGUUCCGCCUUGUGUAAGUUCAAUCAUUCUUGACGUUUUGAUUGAUGCAAAAAGAAAACCCUCGCCACAUGCUACUAUUCGCUUGUCUGUCCACCACGCCAGUUCCGAA